UGUAUAUUUUAAGUGACAGUUUUAACAGGCAAAUGGUGUUAAACUAAUCACCGUGAAACUUGAAAGUGUGAUGCUCUCUAUGUUUUAGGAAGCUUAAGUAAAUUUCUGAUUUUUCUUUUAUUAAUUUUGUGACCCAUGUGACUUGCGUAGUUUACUUUCCGUCUUUGACAGUGGCCCAGAUGACUGGCAUUGGCAGGCAGUUACACUAGGGUUUCUGGUAAAUCCUGGUUGUCGAGCUUUUCCAGAGAGAGUGGCGACACGUACCUUCUUCCUCACGUGAAGCCAUGGGAGUGGAAUCUGCUGGCUGAUUCGUUGCAGGGCUUCCACAGUGCAAAAUAAAUGUAACCUUACUUUCUAACCCACAUGCUAGUACUACGCUUUGCUCUUCAAUAAACAAAUAUGCGAGAGAUAGUAAUCUAGCGGAUUUUUCUGGUUUGUUUUUAAGCGGGGACCUGCUCUUAAGACAGAGAGAUCUUAAAUGAGCUAAUAUUUAGGGAAGCAGAAAAUGUUCUGCCAUCUGUAGCCUUCUCACAGGUGGCCAGAGUGAGGAGACUGUGUUGCAUUCGGUCAGAAAGGCCGGGAUCCCAGAAUUGGAAAGUGGCACAUGGACUGAUUUUAGAAUAUCUUAACGAGGGCUUAUCUCUAUAGGAAAGUCCAUGUGGACCUAACAGAAGGAUUGUGUGGUCCAUUCACAUUGUCUUACUCUUCACAGAAUUGUUUGUAGAAAGGUAGGCUAAACCAAAGUGGUGCUGUUUUUAAAGCUUGUGAAUUGGAUCAUUGCCAUAGAGUACCUAAUGCUACAUGGAACUUAAAGUCAGUAUUAAAGAUACCAGGAUUGGCUAAAUGCUGGGGAUGCUUUAUGGCUCUUUGGCUAAAGUCUUCUCUUGAGCAGUUUCUAUGGGUAACCAUUAAAAUUUGGAAUUGAUUUUGUUUUUUUAUUAAAACAUACACAACUCGCCAUGAGCCCAAGAGUCUUAUAUUCUUGACGAGCACUUUUUAAUUCCAAGGAGUAAGUUCUUGACCUUAAGUGGAACACGUUUAGUUAGUACUUGAUAUUACUAACUCGGUACCGGAGGAAUGUUCAUUUCACAAGAUCUGUGAAUGUUGCAUUUUACAUCUGUGUGAAAUACUGGUAUCAUUCAGCAUCAGACUUUAACAACUGCUGAUUGAAACUGCCCACAGUAUUAACAUUGUAGGUUUUGUUGUUUAGAUAACUUAAACGAAAUGAGUCAGCUUUCAGGAGACAAAGACCCAGCUACAUGUAAUGACAUGCUCGUUCCAAAACGUGCCAAGAAAGCAGACUUCAGUGUUGCACUCCAAAUUUUAGUUGUUUUAUGAAAGUAGCAUUUCCUCUGGGUAGUGGGGAAGCAGUGAAUUACUGCCCAGGUGCAGACUCCCUGACCCCUACCUCGUCCCCUUCCCCUCCCGUAGGACAAAACAGGUUAAGUUUGUAGCCACCUGUAGGAAAAGAAAUGGCUACUUUUCUGAGUAAGGCUUCGUGCCCUGUGACUAAGGACAGGUGGCAGGCAUCCUGCCGAAUCAGUUAGUACCUUGUGUGGCUCAGACCCGUUGCAGUUUGCUGCGUGUGGUAUUCUGGAACAAGGACAGCUCCGUGCCUUCUCCGGUACCUAUUAGCAACACCACUUACGCCACUGGAACGUGUGUGCCACAAGCAGAGUGUGUCAGUGAGAUAAAGGGGAACACAAAGUCUUUCAUUUCCUCUUUCAGAUAGUUGAAUGGAGCAUAUUCAUAACGGGUCUGUCUAGAACUUGCUGUGUUCGUGGUAAAUAAUGUAGCAUUUAUCUGGUUAUGUGUGGUGUGUGUAUAUAUACGUAUUUAAUAUGUACACAUAGGGUUUCUGCAUAUCUAUGUAUGAUAUAUUCAUAUAUACAUGCAGUGUGCUCUUGAUUAUCUGCAAAAUGGUACACCCUCGUUAGAUUGUCUCUUCCUGUUGACCUGAUCGGCACGUAGCCCCUAACUCCGAAGCCUCUUCCUCCUCUAGAGCCACAGUCGUUCCUACUUGCAGUUCAUCUCAAUCCCCGCGGAAGGCCCUUGUGAAAUACAUCUCUUUCUGUUUCCCUUCCACCAGGGAUUGUGAGCCAGAAAGACAGUUUUUGAAGAAGACGGCUGCUUCCAUCAGGUUUGAGUCUUCUGGCUCUGAAUGGUGGUGGGGCCCAUCCCUGGCCAGAAGGCAGCUCUGGGAGCAGUUGUUGUGCUCAAGAGCUCGAGGGGGGAAGAGAUCUAGCUCUUGCAGAAAUGGGGCUUCACAACUUGCUUAAAAGUUCCUUAUCUGCAGUGUUGUGAAGUCGUAGACAGUUUGGUCCACAAAUAGAUCCUAUCACUGUUACUUUUGCAUCGUUGGUGUUACUGUUCCCCGUUGCUGGCCCCGAUAAUCAAGACCUGACUGUUUUCUUGCCAGUGGAUUCUGGAAGCCUUGCCUUCUGAACUGGAUUUAUGUUUAUUUCUGCUGCUGUGAACCCCAAAAGUAAUGCAGUAGGUUUUAAUUUAAAAUUGUUUCAUUCUAUUAUUGAUAAAUAUUUAUUGUAAUAAAAGUAAAGAGUAAAUAAUUUUUAAAUCCUUUUAACUGUUUUCAGAUUGUCUUCUUUAUUUUUCCUUGGUAGAUGCAAGAGGGGAGGGUGCUCUGAGAAGAAUGCUGUCUCAGAAUCACUGAUUACUUUAGAGCAGCAUAGUGCAAGGUUUUUUGUUUUGUGUGUUUAAAGAGUGAUCCGCCUGCUUGCUCCUGGGUGUUCUACAACCCUGUGACUUGUUUCAGGAAGCCGAGUACCAGGCAGGUGGCAGUAACAGCUGUUUGUAGUGUCCUGCUCUUGACUGCCCCAGAACUGGGUGCUGGGCAGUGUAUGAUAAUAACUGGGUCACACUUCAAUUAGUUGGGAAGGUGGUUGUCUUAAACACAUUUUCUCACAGAAAAAUGUAUGGUGUUAAUUUCCCAGGCUAAUUCCACAAGAAUCUAAUGACAUACACUUAGUACACCCAAAGUUUAGUUCAGCUUAUAAAUCACAAGCUUUUAUUUUAAAAACCCCUAUUUUCUAACAUUGCUUCUGAGAAUAUUUCCUAUCUUUUACAUCGGAAGUGGUUCCCAGCUCUGGCAGCAGGCAUUUAAAGUUUUUGUCUCUAACAGGCUUUGAAGAAGGUGAGGGGAAGAUGCCCCGUAUUUUGCCCCGGGGCUGCCUCUCCAGCGGUGUGCUUUUAAUCCCCUGCGCCACCCAGCCUCUCAGUCGCCCCAGCAGUUCCUCCUGCCCUUCUGUCCGCAAAUCUCGAAAACCUAGCGGGUACCUAACACAUAGCAGGCACGCACCAGGGAAGCACUUGGAGAAUAUUUAGAUGGAAAGAAAGAGAGUGAGGAAGAUCAAAGCAAGAGCUACAAGCAGAAAGAAGAAAGCAGACUGACUUGAAAAGCUGGAGAACGAAGUCAAGACCAGCCAGGACAAAUUUGAUGAAAUCACCAUGAAGUGGGAGGAGGGCAAACGGAAGAGAAUUCCCCAGGACCUGUGGGACAUGCUCAACACCCAGCAGGAAUUAAAAACAAAAGAUGACCAGUAUGUGAAGGAUUUGAAGAAGCAGUCAGAUGACAUCUGCCUGCUCCUGGAGAGGAUGGAAGAGCAAGUGAAGAAUGUGAUGAAAACCUUCCGUCAGGAGCUCAAUUCCAUUGAGAAAGCAUUUGAGGCGGAACGACGAGAACUGCUGACCAGUAAUAAGAAGAAAUGGGAGCGGGCCCUACAGGCUCACAACGCCAAAGAGCUGGAGUAUCUUCUGAGCCGCAUCAAGAAGGUAGAGGACUAUGAGAAGCAGCUGAACAAGCAGCGGGUGUGGGACUGCGAAGAGUACAACACGAUCAAGAUCAAGUUGGAGCAGGACGUGCAGAUUCUUGAGCAACAGCUUCAGCAGAUGAAAGCAACCUACCAGCUAAACCAAGAGAAGUUGGAGUACAACUUCCAAGUGCUGAAGAAGAGAGACGAAGAGAGUGUGGUGAUCAAAUCCCAGCAGAAGAGGAAGAUCAGUCGCCUGCAUGAUAUACUUAACAACCUGAGAUCAAAAUACACCAGGCAGAUCAGACAGUUUGAGGAGGAGAACCAGUCACUAACCUCCGACUACAUACGCCUUGUGACGCAGUUCAAGGAGCUACAGAAAGCCAUGAGGCAUUUCGCUCUUCUUGAUGACAAGCGGUUUCGAGAGAUUUGGCUGAUGAAUGAAGAAGAGGCAAAGGAUCUGAUAAGCAAAGCCUUUGAUGUGGACAGGAUCAUCCACACCCAGCAUCUGGGGCUCCCCUGGACCGCACCUGAUUUCUGGUUCCUGAGGAAUGUGGGACCUAUAUCUCAGCAGCAGCAGAGGUCUGCUACACAGAUAUUAGAAGAAGUGCUGAUUCAAACAGAAGAGGAGGGGAUGGAGGAGGCCACCUCAGAAACAGAGUCUUACCUCGACCUGCCAAAGCAAGUUUCCAUGAAAACGACCAGAAAGAUCCUGAUGCUCCUGUGUGACGAGUCGGGUUUCCUCAUAGAGAGCAAGCUGCUGAGCCUUCUCUGUCCCCUGGAGAAGAGCGAGUGCUAUCUGCUCAAGUUGGACGCCAUCUUCUCAGCCCUUGGGAUUGAAAGUGAGGACGACUUGUACAAACUGGUGAACUUCUUCCUCAAAUACCGAGUUCAUCAUUCACCCUCCAGUCAGGAGCGAACAAGCCCGAUGUCAGCCCUGGACCCAGGAGAGCAGACAGACCUCGAGAGACAGAAGGAGGGAAGCCUUGUGGGAGGGGAGCCAGAAGAGAAGGAGGUCCCCUCUUCUCCCACGCUCAUCCACCCCAACGACGUCCUCAAGAUCCUGGAGGCCUUUGUCAUGGGUCUGAGGAAGCCCAGGGACCCCCCGGCCCCAGUGAAGGUGGUGAAGUAUGUGCGAGACACCUCGAAGGACUCUGCGUAUUGGGAGGCCCUGGCCACGGUUCUUCCUUACGCCACGCAGAACCUCUGGGACGCUCUGUACACGGCCUUGGAGAAAUACCACCUCGUCCUGACGCAGAGGGCCAAGCUGCUGAUAGAAAACAACUCCCUGGAGAAGCAGAACACAGAGCUCCAGAUGCUGCUUCAGCAGUAUCUAGAUUCCAAGAUGCUUGUUGGACGUCUCUCGGAAGCAGGACCCGACCCCGCCGAGAGCGUCACAGCCCAGAGAGCCCUUCCUUAUGGAGUUUCUUCUUUGGUCUUAACAUCCCCUCUGUGAGGUCGAUAGGGCACAAGUCAUUCUCCCAGAGAGGAGAAUCAAAACUGGGAGACUCUUGCCCACUCUGCUGGGCCAGAUUGUCUGGCCCGGGAUGUGACAUGGCGAGAGGAGGCUCCAGCUGGGGCAGGUAUUCCCCGGUCCUCACUCCUGCCCACUCCGGUGAUAUUUGGGGCAACUUCCCCAUGGCCUGCAAGGGAAGAAUCUCGCCAUCUCUGCUUCUAAGGUUAGAAUCCCUUCGUAACAUAGUUGCUGGCUCUGCUGUGCUAGUGUGGGAUGCUUGACGCGGCGCUGAGACCGUGGGCCGGGAGGGUCACGACACCCUGGGCUGGGGGUACGCCCUCCAUCAUCAGCUGUGUGUGUGAGAGGUGACCGAGGCCAGCCACAAGCCCGGGAACUGGGGAUGUGUGGCCCCGUAACAGUCAUUAGGGGACUGUCCAUGCUGUCGUCGAUGCCGCUGUGUGCAGAGGAUGGGGGAGGAGGAAGGAAGGGCAGGGCUAGACUGGGGACGGGACGCGCAGGUGGUGGGAGGGGGUAGAGGGAAGAUGUAAGAGAGUGGCUCAGGGCAGAAGGUUCAGAACGUUACCAGAGGUCAGCUAGCUGGAGCAGAAGCCAAACAAGAAACCUUAGGACUUCUCUUCCAAAGGAAGGCAGACCGUGGGCUUUCCCAGGCAUCCGGAAGCGCUUGGCAGGGGGCAA